GUCAUUCUGGAAAUUGAGGUAGGGAUGAGUUUUAUCCGUGUAAUGUCCUGCUCAAUAGAGACUGAUGUGUGAGCUUUCAAUACCAUAAAUUUAUUUCACAAUCAGCAGCCAAUAGCUGCGGUUACAGAUUGACAGGCAAUCUUUGGUAUGUUGGCUAAAGUCCUCACAGAGAUUAUAAAUAUGCCUGGAGUCAGACUUCCUCUUUCUUUGGUUCUGCACAGGAAUGGGAAGCAGCUCCGAAGGCCCGGCUCACUUCAAGGUAAAUCGACUGCUUCAAAUUAACAUAUAGACCUGCAUGAAAUUUAUGGCUUGGAAAUGUUUAAGUAUGGCUUAAGGCCAGGGAUAAGGAAAUCUGUCAGUUUUUGUUUCUCUCUUUAUCAUUUUUUUCUAGUCUUAGGUUUGAUUCUCUGCAUUUCUACAUUGGUUUGCAUUUUUUUUUAAAAUCCUCAUGCAAGUUCACCAUUUUAUUGCAAUUUUCUUCCAAAUACACGUUUGUACACAAUUCUGCCUAGUACACACUUUUUUGCAGCAGCAACAGUUUUGCCUAAAACAAUGUGGUUUUGAAUGUUUUUUUUCCACCAAUGUGCAUUUAUAUGCACACUUUACCGUAGUACAUACGAUUUUGUGCACAUUACUCAGCUGGAGAGCUGCGCAGCAAAAUUCAGAGAAAUGCAAAUUCCAAUUGAUGGUUUAGGUUUGCGCACUCUUUUUAAAGCGUGAAUUAGGUAGAUUUUCCUUUCAACCCAAACUGAAUCAACUUUCUCCCCCAUCUCUACAUGAGGCAAAGGUGAUGGAAGUGUAUUUUGUAGCUAUUAUAAGAGGAUAAGGAAACCACGAGACCAGAGAACAAACAUUGAAAACUCUUUUUAGCACUGUGGAAGGUAAAUAGGGAAUCAAAACAGACCGCAGAUGUUGCAUGGAGUUCACGGAACAUGGGACAUUCGCUUAAAAUAAAGUAAAUCUCUUCAAACAAGAAUACAAAUCAACCCUGCUUCACACUGAUUCCAAUACAUAUCCCUAUCUCAGAAGUUUUCAGUGGCUAUCAUUCUGCAUAUGGUGACAGAUGGCCAACUUGACAUUCAAGCAAUUUCUAACACUACUUUUUGCCAAACUUAGGUGCCAGUCCCUACAUGACCCGACUUGCUGCUUUGUGCCAUUCGAAAUGUAUGGAUUAUUCCCAGGUUGAUAAAAGCGGCUUCCACAGUGUUCAUUUACUGUGAAACAAGCCAUGGGGCACCGGAACAAAGCACCCCCUCUCGUGCUUCUCCAGUUCAGCACCUGUUCCUUCCAGAGCUCGUAAUAACAGAAUAAUUGCAAUAUUUCCUCAUGUGUAGAUAAGCCGUGAAUGUGUUGCUGUUCCAGCCUCUACAGCUCUCCCUAUACAAGAUGGUAGUGACCUGAACAGAUUGUGUUCUAGACAUUUCUUUCUCUAUAGACCAUCUCUCCCCUCUAGAGACCAACUCUUAUCACCAUAACAGUUCUCUUUCCAAAUAGCAUUGCCUUCUAUUUAUUUUCUUUACUCUAUAGCCUCUCAAUUGCACCUGGGGCAGGGAUUCAUGCAAAGGGGGAGACUGGAGGAAGGGAGCGUUUACUCCUUUCCCCACAUACAAUGGUCCCAAUAAAAAUCUACCCACAACCACCUCAAAGCAGGGAUUGGGAAAAGAGAGGAUGGAUGGCUGCUAACAGGUUCAGGUUGAAUCCUGACAAGACAGAAGUACUGUUUUUGGGGGACAGGGGGUGGGCAGGUGUGGAGGACUCCCUGGUCCUGCAUGGGGUAACUGUGCCCCUGAAGGACAGGUGCCCAGCCUGGGAGUCAUUUUGGACUCACAGCUGUCCAUGGAGGCGCAGGUCAAUUCUGUAUCCAGGGCAGCUGUCUACCAACUCCACCUGGUACGCAGGCUGAGACCCUACCUGCCCGCGGACUUUCUCGCCAGAGUGGUGCAUGCUCUGGUUAUCUCCCGCUUGGACUACUGCAACGUGCUCUGCAUGGGGCUACCUUUGAAGGUGACCUGGAAACUAAAAUUAAUCCAGAAUGUGGCAGCUAGACUGGUGACUGGGAGUGGCUGCCGAGGCCACAUAAGACCAGUCCUGAAAGACCUACAUUGGCUCCCAGUACGUUUCCGAGCACAAUUCAAAGUGUGGGGGUUACCUUUAAAGCCCUAAACAGCCUCGGUCCGGUAUACCUGAAGGAGCAUCUCCACCGCCAUCGUUCAGCUCAGACACUGAGGUCCAGCUCUGAGGGCCUUUUGGCAGUUCCCUCCUUGCGAGAAGUGAGGUUACAGGGACCCGGCAGAGGGCCUUCUCGGUAGUGGCACCCACCCAGUGGAACACCCUCCCAUCAGAUGUCAAGGAAAUAAACAACUAUCUGACUUUUAGAAGACAUCUGAAGGCAACCCUGUUUAGGGAAGUUUUUAAUGUUUGAUGUUUUAUCAUGUUUUUAAUAUUCUGUUGGGAGCCACCCAGAGUGGCUGGGGAAACCCAGCCAGAUGGGCAGGGUAUAAACAAUAAAUUAUUAUUAUUAUUAUUAUAAAAGAGAGAGAGCCCAAUUAACAACAGGAUGUGAUUUGGAUUCUCAGUGUUGUUAUUCCACUCUCAGCUUUAAAAAAAGUACAGCAGUGAUUUGGAUCUGCCAAACUGUGCACAUCUUAAAGCACCCCUAGUGAUGGCAGGUAAAGAAAGCAUUCAUUGCUGAACUCUUGUAGUCUCCCCUGAGGUCUGGCUUGCCACACAUACCGUUUUCUGGCCUCCACCUUCUUACACUGAACCCAGGACUCCUGGGCACAUUGCCCAGUACUGAAAGAAGUACUGGGCUGUAGCCCUGUGGAACAACAUGUGCUACUUGUGUACUGUUCCAUUUUGUUUGUCUCAAGUCAAGCUCCUAGCUCUUUGAGUAGUUCAUCUGGUGCUGCUAACAGCAGCAAAAAGGAAAAAGAAAAAAAGCAGCAUAAAACAGUCAGGUCAGCAGAGUUGAAACUGCAUCUAAAAAGAAGUAGAUGUAGAAAGGACAGUAAAGUAAGUGCCAGGCAAACUUCUUUGGGAAAAGCAAUCCACAACUGGGGUGCCACCACUGAAAAGGCACCCCCCUCUCUGAUAGCUACCAUCCUCACUUCAGAAGUUGAGGGCACCCAUAGGAGGCACCCCCUUGACAAUCUUUAUGUAUAGGUAGGUACCUGUAUGGGUUUGCCCCCAAAAUAUUGCAAAAAGCGCUCCCCCCCAUCACUAUCCACAUCCUCCAAUAACCACAUACGUGCAAUACUGCUUAUAUAAUGUGUUAUGUACUGAGUUGAAUAGGAUCCAAAAUGCAGCAGUCUGAUUGGUCCUAGAACAAUAGGAUUCAGAAUGCAGCAGUCUGAUUGGUCCUAGAACAAUAGGAUCCAAAAUGCAGCAGUCUGAUUGGUCCACAGGAGCCACCCAAUCCAGCUCCAGGGGGAAAUGAAUCCGCAACCUGAUUGGCCUACAGGAGAAUCCCAGAAAUAGCCAAUCACGUGGGGCCCAUUGUGUAAAUAAUUUAUAUAAAGCAGACAUUCUGGGGGAACUUCCAUUCCUCCUCACCACUAUGAGCUGAAUAAAGAGCAUGAAAUCCACUCUCGACUCCGAGUAUAUUUCAUAAUGGAUUCAAACAGUUCAUCCAAAGCUGGGUUGAUGUGGCUGUCAUUCUAUGGCUCUCCACUAUUUGGGGAUCCUCGAUGGAACUAUGAAUUCCUUUAGCAAUGUUACAGCUAGUAUUGUUUGAUCAGCAAAGCGUACACCUGUUUGCAAGAUCUUUCUGGCAGCCUCUCCUCACCUGGAGGUGAAUGCCUGUUUCCCCUCGUCCGGCUUCAAUUUCUGCCAGGCGGGAGAUUUCUUGGAAGAGCAACGAAAUGGCAAACCAACACAGACACCUCGUUCCCCUCCUACUGCAAAGUCCUGUUCCCCCUCCCACAGGUACAUCUGGAAUGUGGCUUGGAAUGUGGCUAUAAUGUGCCCACCUGCCUUGAUCACACCCAGUGCAUUAGCAUAGCAGUACCAGGUUCAAGCCAGAACACAAACUCUUCCUGCAUUCCACUCUCUGAUUCCCUCCAGAUGUGAUGGUCUACAACUUCCCUCACCAUGGUCAGUACUAAGGUAUGAUGGGAGUUGUAGUCCACAGCUGGAGGACCUAUCCCUGGUUAGCUAUCCCUGGUUCAGUCUCUUAACAGUCCUCUUCUUUUAUUUCCAGCAAAAGGCAGAUGGGAACCAUGCCGGACCACCGAUAUAUCCUGAGCAGAAGGAUUUUGAUAUGAUCUAUAGAAUUGAAGAUGCGCCACCCUGGUAUCUCUGCAUCCUGCUGGGAUUUCAGGUAAAGGUGUAAUCAAGCUCCACCUGUGACGUGCUUUGAGGUGUGGAGCCAAAGAAACUCAACUGUUCCUCAUGACUUUUGUUUAUUCCCCCAUUCCAAAUAAGUCUCAUGCUGCUUGUUUCUGAAGCCACUUUAUCAAGGUCUCUAGUUGUUAAGUAUUCAGAUUUUGUUAUAUGAUAUAGUAGCCUCAUUAGCAAUACUAUUGUUGUAAAAGUACAGGGAGUAAAAGUUACUAGGGGCACACAUAAGGUGCCUAUAACUUUCCAUUCAUUGUUUACGUUGAUUAAAUAAUUGGCCUUGUUGAUUUACAGUGUUGAUUUCUAUGGAAUUGUUUGCCUUGAUCUUCCCUUUUGACUCCCCCUCUGUACUUUAUUUAAAAUGCAUUUUAAUCACUUAAAUUCUGUGCAGAGUUAACUAAGACGCUGUGCCACCCCCCACCCAGUUAAAUUCUAAAUAGUGUCCUAUAAUCCUAGCUACUGGUUUAGUGAUAAAUUGGGUGCAUACUCACAUAUACACAAACAAGGUGGCAAGUUGGAUCCCCAUAUGGGACAGUUGAAUAUUCCUACAACUUGGACUAGAUGAUCAUCGCAUAGCUGUCAACGUUUACCUUUUUUUAAGGGAAAUUUCCUUAUUCCAAAUAGGAUUCCUCGCAAGGAAAGGGAAAAGUUGACAGCUAUGUCUUUGGGGUUCCUUCCAACUCUCCAAUUCUAUGCAUCUAUGAUUCUAUGAAUUGCAGGUGUGUUUUUCAUGAUAUCAGGAACUGAACUGGACUGUAGGGGAGGUAUUUGGACAUUUGGGGUCCUUCCAGGUGUGUUUAAAAAGAUGUUCGCACUUCUGCAAACCCUUGGGGUUUCUUUGAGUGUGUCGACAGCUCCCUAUUAUUUGUCAGUGGCUCCAUUCUGGCUUCAGUCCUAUUGCUUGACACCUUUUGCUAUUAAAAGGAGUGAUCUGGAUAUCUCACAGUUAGUAUUUUUUUAAGAUAACAUUUUAUUAAUUUCCCCAAAAAUAACAAAAGACCCACAAAAAUCGAAACAACAACAAUACAAAUUUAAAGCAAAACAAAACAAAUAUAUAAAUUCAAAUCCUAUAUCUUAACUCAGUUGACUUCCCUCCACUCCCCCUCAUGGUUCCAUUAUAUUAGCUUAUUCAUGCACUUCCGUAAAGCCUUAUAUUCUUAACAAUCCAAUUUUAAAACCUUAUUCAUCUUAAUACAAGUGACUUUUAAAAGUUCUGCUAAUGUAAAAAUCCGUACGCAACCCUUAAAAAGUAUGCCUUAAACAUCCCCCCCCUUUUUUAAAAAAGACGAUGUCCUCUUCUUUCUUGGGUUUCAAAUUAACUAAUAUGUCCUGCAUAGUUCAUUAAUUAAUUUCCCCCAAUCUUAUCUUCUUUGGCGGUGGCUUCUUCCUUCUAUAGGGAUGGGCUGAUCUUGCAGGGACAAAGUCUUUUGCUCUAUAAGUCCAUCAGGUCCUAUACAAUCUCAGUACCAUAACUUCAGGAUUUCUUUAACAACAAUCAUUUCCCACAUUCUCUCCAAAUCUUUAUAUGUCUUUCCCCAGGCUUUUUUAAUAUUAAAAAAGCAUGGGAAAAGACGCAUAAAGAUUUGGAAAAAGCCUGGGAAAAGACGAUUGGUAUUUUUUAGGCAUGCAUGACCUAUAUCUGCUAAUAAUGCUAUGCUCAAUCAACAGCCCCAAAGAGAAAACACACAUGGCAGAAUACAUGUGCACUAAGACACCAGUCUGGAGGGACCCUUAUGUGAUUGAUUGAUUGAUUGAUUGAUCAAAUUUGUAUACCGCCCUAUACCCGUAGAAAACACAAAAUGCACAAUAAACACAAGAACAACCCUAUAACCUCAAUCCCACAGCACAUUUAAAAGGACAUAGAAUGUUAAUCAGCCAAAGGCCUGUUCUUGUUUUUAUUGUGCAUUUUGUAUUUUCUAAUACUGUCGUUUUAUGUUGUAAAUCACCCUCAGAUCUACGGGUAUAGGGCGGUAUACAAAUUUGAUCAGUCAGUCAGUCAGUCAGUCACAUAAGGGUCCCUCCAGACUGGUGCCUUAAAGAAAAACAUUUUCUCCUGGUGCCUAAGGGAGGGCACCAGGCGAGCCUCCCUGGGGAGGGCAUUCCACAAAUGGGGAGCCACUGCAGAAAAGGCCCUGUUCUCGUGUUGCCAACCUCUGGACCUCUCGAGGAGGAAGGGCCUCAGAGGAUGAAAUCUCAGGGGUAGGUUUAUAUGGAGUAGGAUUAUACGGAAGUAUUGUGGUCCUGAGCUGCGGUUUAAAUUUUGGGAAUGUGUCUAAUCAGGUGCUCUUUUGACCUAGCCUCCUUCCCAUUUCCCCCCUCCAGCAUUACUUGACAUGUUUCAGUGGCACCAUCGCAGUUCCCUUCCUACUGGCAGAAUCCCUGUGCGUAGGGAAGGACCAAUACACCAUCAGCCAACUCAUUGGUACCAUCUUCAGCUGCGUGGGGAUCACGACUCUUAUCCAAAGCACUGUGGGAAUUAGGUAUGUUUUGCUCAGCUCCCCACCUCCCUACCCGUCAGCGAACUUAAGGAAGUUGUGGGUGGCUGAUGGUGGCAAGUCACUCUCUCUUUCUUUUUGGCAAUCUAGACUGCCUCUGUUUCAAGCCAGCGCCUUAGCGUUCCUGGUUCCCGCCAAAUCCAUUCUGGCCCUGGAGAAAUGGAAAUGUCCUCCAGAAGGUAAUUCAAACUUGUUUCAUCCUGAAGGUUGUUAGGAGAUAGAACAGGAAUAAUAAAAGUCAAUCCUUUAUUAGGCGUAGCAAACCUCACAUUAUCAAACAAACACCAUAUACAAAUUGUGCAGAAUACAAAUUCAGCAUAACAAGGUUUGUCCCAGUCAGAUCUUUAACUCUAGAGAAAAUGAAUUUGCAUAAAUAAUACAAUAUAACACUACCGCAUCACCGAUCAAUUAAGAACCACUAAAUCUCUUUAUAAUGGCCCACAUGGACAGCACUCAGAAAUUCAGCCACUAUUAAAGUAAUUUGAUCGUUCCUGUCUGAGAGCAGGUCUUGAACCGUUGGUGGCAUAGAAUUAAGCCUGUUAAGUUGUGAGGCCUCUAAUAAUUGUCUUCUGGCAUAAUUGCCAAAAUCACAAGAAAAGAGAAUAUGCUCCAAAGUAUCAGGUUCCUGUUUACUACAUUUGCGGAGACGCUCUGCUUCUGGGACAGCUAAAUAUCUUCCUCUUACUAUCAUCGAGGGAAACAUAUUAAAUCUGGCUAACAUAAACAGCCUGCACAAUUCAUGAUUCUUCAGAUUUGCCAUGUAUCCCUUUUGAAAACCUCUACACAAAGGGAGAUUUAAAUACAGAGGAGAGCAAGUGAACAGGAAUAAUUUGAGGGCCUCCCCAUGUUUCCAAGAUGGUAACAUAAUGCGUAGUCAAUCUGUGAAUCUGUCAAUUUUUAUUUCUCUCCAUUACGCCUAUUCUGAUUGUUAUAUUUAGUUUUUAAUAUUUGUACUAUGUUGCUAGCUGCUUCGGGUUAGUUUUUGUUUUUAAAAAGUGACUAAAAUGCAAUAAAUACUAAAAUCCUCACUUUUCCAAGCUUAAAUUCAGUGUCCACAUCAGUUUGUAACUCUUUUAAAAAGAGCUGAAAAUUCAUCAGCAUUUCACUCCAUAUUUCUGCUAAUAGAGAGAGAGCUUGCAACCGUAUCUCAUGCAGCAAUUAUAAUAGCAGCGAAUGUGCAGGGAUAGAGUGGGAGGAUGGAUAAGAUUUCGGUGCUCCGUGUAAAAAAAUAUUAUGUGUCUGGCACCGGGAAACAACAAGAAGCGCAAACUUGGAAGGGGAAGUGCUUGGAUUGCGUGCAACAAACGUGUAACAACUGUGCACUUAUUGUGUUUAUUGCUGACCAUGUGGAAAUUGCCUCAGGAGGGUUGAGUAACACAGUGUAAGGCUGACAAGCUUCAUUUGCUAACUGAUUCUCUCUCGGUCUCUACUUAAACAGGUUGCUUCGUUCUACUGGCCUUGUGCUUAUAUUUAUCUGUUGACCUUUCUUGCCUCAUUAUGCAGGGGAGAUCUAUGGCAACUGGACCUUACCUUUAAACACGUCCCACAUUUGGCAGCCGAGGAUGAGAGAAGUAAGUUGAACAGCAGCCUUUUCCAGGAAGGGGCCUCUAAAGUAACACUGAUCCUGGGAUUUCAUUGCCGAGGAGUUAUUUGGAAGUAAUGCAUAUUAAACAAAAACGGAAGCAUAUGAAUCGAGAAGGCUAAUUUGACCCAUCAAACCCCCUCUCCCUUAAACGCACAAACAAAACACACUGCAAUCAGUUGAAUGCAACCUACCAGCCACGCUCUGGGCUCGCCAACGUGUCGCACCGCCAACGAAAACACAUAAAUGAAUAGGUGAACAACCUCCUCCCCGCACAUACACUAUGCAGAAGAAUGAAAGAUCAUUACCCCCCCACCUCACAAUGCCUAACCCAGGCUUCCUCAGCCUCAGCCCUCCAGAUGUUUUUGGCCUACAACUCCCAUGAUCCCUAGCUAACAGGACUAGUGGUCAGGGAUGAUGGGAAUUGUAGUCUCAAAACAUCUGGAGGGCUGAGGUUGAGGAAGCCUGGCCUAACCAGUAAAGAGGACUCUCUGAAUUGAAAACAGAGACGUUACAUUGACCUUUGUUGUCGUUGUUUUCAAAUUGUUUUAUUAAUUUUUCAAAUUUAUAACAAACAUAAACAACAUAAAAGAAAAAACAUUACAAUAUAAAAAACAAACAAACAAACAUAUAUCCUACCUGUUAUAAUCAUACUUUUAUAACCAUUAUUAAAUGACUUCUUCAAAUUCCUCAAGCUGUAUUUCCAUGUAGUUCAUUGUAGCAGUUUUCCAAGACUAAUUUCCAAUAAAAUUAACUUAAUCAGUUAACAUCUUUCUUACAUGGACCUUUGUUAUCCAUGGAAAUCUUUCAGUAAAAACGAAUUGAACCAAAACGGGCAGGGUUAUAUUUUUGCAGGAAAGCUAAGUUGUUAUCAGCGGAGUCCUGUUUGCCUUUGCAAGCUUAGUUUUCAUAAGUGAAAGGAGUCAAGAAAAAGUGGUUUCAGUAUCUGCCCCCUGCUGCACCACCAUCUUUGUCUUAUUCGUGAUCUAAAUCGGGGUAGCCAAGACGUAGCCAUGAGCCCUAGCCAGCAUGAACAAUUACAGUGGUGCCUCGCAAGACGAAAUUAAUUCGUUCCGCAAGUCUCUUCGUCUUGCGAGUUUUUCGUCUUGCGAUGCACGGUUUCCCAUAGGAAUGCAUUGAAAAUCAAUUAAUGCGUUCCUAGGGAAACCGCUUCAGACUCAGGUCCGGGGACAGUCUGUCCCCGGACCUCUUCUGAAGGCUGGGGGGCAAGGGCUUUUCUUCCCACCCCCAGCAUUUUAAAACCCCGGGACAGCGGAGGACUUCUCCGCUGUCCGGGCGAUCUUAAAAUGCUGGCGGGCGGCAUUUUAAAAUCACCCGGGACAGCGGAGGACUUCUCCGCUGUCCGGGGCAAUUUAAAGCCCCUGGGAAGGCAGGCAGGGGGACAAAGACUUUGCCCCCGCCAGCCUUCAGAAGAGGUCCUGGACCUCUUCUGAAGGCGGGCGGGGCGAAAGUCUUGCUCCCCGCCUUCAAAGCCCUCCGGGACAGGCAGGCAGGGGGAGCAAAGACUUUCGCCCCCGCCCGCCUUCAGAAGGUCUUCCCUCCCCCGCCCGGCUCGGAGCACCGUUCCGGGCCGGGCAGCGGCGGGAGGUCUUCCCUCCCCCCGCCCGGCUCGGAGCACCGCUCCGAGCCGGGCGGCGGCGGCAGGUGUUCCCUCCCCCGCCCGGCUCGGAGCACCGCUCCGGGCCGGGCGGCGGCGGCAGGUGUUCCCUCCCCCGCCUGGCUCGGAGGAGCCUUCCGAGCCCGGCGGCGGCGGGAGGAGGUGUCCCCGCCCGCCGCCAGGCUUCGGAGGAGGUCCGAGGACAGUGGGAAGACGCGCUGCGCUUCCCCGCUGUCCCUGAGAUUUCCCUAUGGGCUGUCGUCUUGCGAAGCAAGCCCAUAGGGAAAUUCGUUUUGCGAAGCGCCUCCAAAACGGAAAACCCUUUCGUCUAGCGGGUUUUCCGUCUUGCGAGGCGUUCGUCUUGCGGGGUACCACUGUAUAUUGUAUAGUAAGAGGCUUAACCUGCAACGUCUGUAGGUCACCAUUUAGCCUACUCCUGUUCUAGAUGUUUUAAGCUGUAUAAAACAUUCUGAAAUGUUUUAUACAGUGGAACCUCGGGUUGCGAAUGUGAUCCGUGCAGGAGGCACGUUCGCAACCUGCACCGUUCGCAACCCGCAGCUCCACAUCUGCGAACACGCGGGUUGUGAUUCGGUGCUUCUGUGCAUGAGCAAAGUGCAAUUUAGUGCUUCUGCGCAUGCGCGAGUGCCGAAACCCAGAAGUAACCCGUUCCAAUACUUCUGGAUUUGGCGCGGUGCGCAACCCGAAAUCACAUAACCUGAAGCGUCUGUAACCCAAGGUACCACUGUAUUCUGUUGGAAGCUGCCCAGAGCGGCUGGGGCAACCCAGCCAGAUGGGUGGGGUAUAAAUAAUAAACUUCUUCUUCUUCUUCUUCUUCUUCUUCUUCUUCUUCUUCUUCUUCUUCUUAUUAUUAUUAUUAUUAUUAUUGAAAUACAAUUAAUAAGGUAAAGGUAAAGGAACCCCUGACCAUUAGGUCCAGUCGUGACCGACUCCGGGGUUGCGGCGCUCAUUUCGCUUUACUGGCCGAGGGAGCCGGCGUACAGCUUCCGGGUCAUGUACCGCUCUGGCGGGAAGGUAAAUGGCAUUUCCGUGCACUGCUCUGGUUCAACAGAAGUGGCUUAGUCAUGCUGGCCACAUGACCAGGAAGCUCUGUCUGCGGACAAACGCUGGCUCCCUCGGCCAGUACAGCGAGAUGAGCGCCGCAACCCCAGAGUUGUCCGCGACUGGACUUAACUGUCAGGGGUGCCUUUACCUUUACCUUUACUAGCUCACUAGUGUGAGUGAGGAAGGAUAAUAUUUAAUCAAUAUGGAUAAUAUUUAAUCAAUAUAUCCUCUCCUACUGUCCACAACAUCUCACAUUUCUUGUUGCCAAUACUAGUAUCUGUUAAGUUGUGGGUGAACAUAUCAGACGACACAGCGAUUCUUCAAACAGCUCUUGUUUAUUCACAGGCCAGAACUGAACUGAACUGAAGGGUUCAGCCAGCCUGCUUAUAUAGAGCUCCACUAGAACGCAACAGUAACCAAUUUCUGUAACUAUCCAAUCACUGAACGUCACUUUCGAUCCCUUAUUUGCAUAUGUGGACCUGAACUAUCUACAGUAUCCCUCUGCUGGCCCAGGGUGAGAACUUCAGUACAUAACAGUAUCUGUGGUGAAACGUGACCUGAUCCACGUUGUGUCUCUCUUCUCCCACAGAUCCAAGGAGCAAUCAUCGUUUCCAGCCUGGUUGAGGUGGUCAUUGGUCUGGUGGGCCUCCCUGGGGCCAUGCUAAACUACAUUGGGCCCCUCACUGUCACCCCCACCGUCUCCUUAAUUGGGCUGUCCGUGUUCCAAGCUGCCGGCGACAGAGCGGGAUCGCACUGGGGAAUUGCAGCACUGUAAGCACCACUUUUUCAGUACAGCAGAAUUUCAAAUUGACGCAAGAGUAGAGUUGCAGAACUACAGUGGUACCUGGGUUUACGAACGUAAUCCAUUCCCGAAGUCCGUUCUUAAACCAAAGCAUUCUUAAAACAAGGCGUCCUUUCCCAUAGCAGCGGGGGACUCAAUUUACAAAUGGAACACACUCAACGGGAAGCAGAACAUGUUCUGCUUCCAAGGCAAAGUUCACAAACCAAAACACCUACUUCCGGGUUUGCAGCGUUCUUAAUCCAAGUUGUUCAUAAACUAAGCUGUUCUUAAACCAAGGUACCACUGUACUGCAUAAUCUCAAAAGCAACCAACUGCAGAUGCACAAACUAGCCAGUUGCCAAAAGACUUCCUCAUCAAGGUGUUUGACUUCCAGGCCAAUUCCCUUGUGUGUAAUUAUGCGUCUAAUUUUGGAGCAUUUCCUACUUGAUCCUCAGUUUUUUAUGAAAUGUGUAAAGUGCUCACUGAUAUGUUAGUUGUAAUGAUGUCGUUCGAAAGGGAGCGAUAAGGAAAAGGUCACAGAACAGUAUAGGAUUUUCUAGCUACUGCUUUGACAAUUAUCGAGAUUCAGGUUUAAAUUCCAAAAUGUGUUUCUCUGGUACGUCAGCUUUGACCCGAUAAUAUCUCAAUUAAAUCCUGAUAUAUGUGACAUAAAAUCUUUGUAAAAUCAGAAAAUAAAAACAGAUCUUAAAUAUACCGGGUACCAUCCAGAGCAAACUAGGUACAGUGGUACCUCAGGUUAAGUACUUAAUUCGUUCUGGAGGUCCGUUCUUAACCUGAAACUGUUCUUAACCUGAAGCACCACUUUAGCUAAUGGGGCCUCCGGCUGCCACCGCACCGCUGGAGCACAAUUUCUGUUCUCAUCCUGAAGCAAAGUUCUUAACCUGAAGCACUAUUUCUGGGUUAGCGGAGUCUGUAACCUGAAGCGUAUGUAACCUGAAGCGUAUGUAACCCGAGGUACCACUGUACUCUGAGAUUAUUAGAUAUGAAUUAUUACUGCCAUGUGGCCUCAAGUAUCUCAGGGUUGUGGGUCUAGAUUCAGGUAGGUAGCCGUGUUGGUCUGACGCAGUCGAAAUAUAUAAAAAAAAUUGUCCAGUAGCACCUUAGAAACCAACUAAGUUUGUUCUUGGUAGAAGCUUUCGUGUGCAUGCACACUUCUUCAGACAGACUGAAACAGAAGGUUUGUGGGUGUUUGUUGUUGUUUAGUCGUUUAGUCGUGUCCGACUCUUCGUGACCCCAUGGACGCCAGGCACUCCUGUCUUCCACUGUCUCCCGCAGUUUGGUCAGAUUCAUGUUUGUAGCUUCAAGAACACUGUCCAACCAUCUCGUCCUCUGUCGUCCCCUUCUCCUUGUGCCCUCCAGCUUUCCCAACAUCAGGGUCUUUUCCAGGGAGUCUUCUCUUCUCAUGAGGUGGCCAAAGUAUUGGAGCCUCAGCUUCACGAUCUGUCCUUCCAGUGAGCGCUCAGGGCUGAUUUCCUUCAGAAUGGAGAGGUUUGAUCCUCUUGCAGUCCAUGGGACUCUCAAGAGUCUCCUCCAGCACCAGAAUUCAAAAGCAUCAAUUCUUCGGAGAUCAGCCUUCUUUAUGGUCCAGUUCUCACUUCCAUACAUCAUUACUGGGAAAACCAUAGUUUUAACUAUACGGGCCUUUGUUGGCAAGGUGAUGUCUCUGCUUUUAAGAUGCUGUCUAGGUUUGUCAUUGCUUUUCUCCCAAGAAGCAGGCGUCUUUUAAUUUCAUGACUGCUGUCACCGUCUGCAGUGAUCAUGGAGCCCAAGAAAGUAAAAUCUCUCACUGCCUCCAUUUCUUCCCCUUCUAUUUGCCAGGAGGUGAUGGGCCCAGUGGGUGUUAGUGUCAGAUUAAAAUCAGAGGGACAUUAGGGACUCUACUGCACUCAUUUUUCAACUUGUGGAGAAAGAACGAAUCAAAUCUGCAAAGGAACAGAACAGCUGCAGAGUUGUAAUUCCUAAGCACAAAUCACAUUAUAAGGCCAAAUCCUGCUCCAGUGCUGUUAAAUUUCUCCAUCCAGAACAGAUUCGAGGCCAGUUCAUGUGACUUGCCGCUGCCAGCAAUGCCAAUUUUUGUUUUUGAAAAUGUAGAAGUCAAAACUGCACGGAUAACAUUACGUUCUUGGCAAGUGAAUCCUUAACAGUAGCAAAAGACGUGAAAUUUGAAGUUGUGUGAAUUGGUUCUAAUGUUUCUGUGCCCUGAUUGCUCUUGAUCUCCGCUUUUCACGAUGCCUUUUUCUGUUUGGAACAGGUCAAUUUUCUUAAUCAUUUUGUUUGCUCAGUACCUACGAAACGUGUCUUUUCUCCUCCCCGGCUACAAAUGGGGACAAGGGUGCACUGUGUUCCGAAUUCAGAUCUUCAAGAUGUUCCCGGUAAGAAAGGUCCCCAUUGUUCAAUAGGGCAAACUUGCCGUGGUCACAGUCUGGUCAGAUUUUGAUGAUUUCACUCCAUUAUCCAAGGGCUUGUUUUAUUUAUUUAUUACAUUUUAAUUCCAAAAACAACCUCAGGGUAGUAUACAAGGUUCACUUACCCGAAUUCUGGGUGGGAGUCUUUUGUGGCCUGGCCCAGCCCGCCCCCCGCCCCCCACCCCCCGAGACAUGGAGGAAUUCUUUCCCGGCUUGUGGGACUUCCCGCCAAAAUUCUUUAUUUGAAUCGGCUAAUCAGGGCCUUGGUGGGCAGACUGGAGUGAGCAAGUCUUCACUCUGGUCCAUCACUGGAAGGUUUAAACUGAGUGCGCCUUUGAAUUCCAAAAACAACAUACCAAAUGUCCUCUAUUUUCCAGGACACGCCCUCAUUUUCAUAGGCAUGUAAAAUGAGAGUCGUCAUAGCGAUCCAUAGCUAAAAGCAGAAGUCUACAAAUGUGUCCUCUUUUUUUUUUUUCCUCUUCAAAAUAUGGCUUCCCUACCACCAUUUCAUUCCCGCCCUGUGGGAAAGAUUUAAGCUCAGAGUAAAUGACUGGUUCAAGGGAACUCAACAGAGUAUAAUAAUAAAAAUAACUUAUUAUUUCUACCCCACCCAUCUGGCUGGGUUUCCCCAGCCACUCUGGGCGGCUCCCAACAGAACAUGAAAAACACAAUAAAGGCUCAAACAUUAAAAACUUCCCUAAAAAGGGCUGCCUUCAGAUGUCUUCUAAAAGUCAGAUAGUUGUUUAUUUCCUUGACAUCUGAUGGGAGGGCGUUCCACAGGGUGGGCGCCACUACCGAGAAGGCCCUCUGCCUGGUUCCCUGUAAUUUCACUUCUCACAGUGAGGGAACCGCCAGAAGACCCUCGGAGCUGGCCCUCAGUGUCCAGGCAGAACGAUGGGGGUGGAGACGCUCCUUCAGGUAUACUGGGCCGAGUAUCAAUGAAAAUUACCUGGUGAGAAUGAAAUAUCCCUUCCCUAGCAAAGAGGGAGAGAGAAAGAAUGGCAGAAAGAGAGAAGGGUGGGGAAAGAGGGGACGGUUAGGUUCUCCUCAGUGCCUCACUGGCUUAAGCUAUCCGCUUUCAACAUCCCUCCAAGGAAAUCCGCUAUAUACCACCCCUACCAUAUCCUAGAUCACAGAUGUGGGGAACCUCCUGUCUGCAGGCCAGAUUUGGCCUGACACAGGUGUCAGCUUGUCCCAAGAGGCUGUUUCUGUCGGAACCUGCGUUCAACCGAGCUCCUCCAUAAUCGCCCUCUGACGAUAAUUAAUGACCUGAGCCUCUAAUAAGGCUCCAAACACGUUCCCAUUUCACAGAGUUUCAAAGCAGCAGAAGUGAUGAGAAAUACAAGCUACAUGCUAAGAGUUUUAUUACUAAGCCACAUAGACAGAAAGGAAAUACAUCGUCUCUCUGUGAGAGCAGAGAGCAACUGAAAAACAAAGGAACAGGAAACCAGUAAACAUCACAUCCGUCUCCUGUCUUCCAUGAGACUUCCAACAGUCUGGAAUCCCAGGAAUGUAAACAGAGUCCUGUGACUCCAAGCACUGCACAGUGGCAACACACAGAAACCAACAGUUUCCACCCCACACCUAAUACCAGAAGGCCAAAUUGUCCAUUUGGAGCUGGGAAAAAGGGACAGGGUUUAACUCUUCCGUUUCCUACCACUUUCCCCAUCUGUUUCCCCAGUCAUGGGGGUCCUGAGCGCAUGCUUAUCUUGCAAAUGCAUAGAACAUGUAGCUAAACCCUUAGCAAGACACAGAUGUGAAACUAGGAAGGGAACUUCUCUCUCUGUUUCUAUUGAGAGCUUACUUUGGCUCGAGGGCGAAGAAAAACGGAACGUUUCCAUUUUCAUGCAAUAAAAAGAAAUGAAAGGGUUGACAUGCGGCGAAUGCUGUGAGUGAGGAAUUAAUUGUGUUGAUGGUCACAGUGUCGCUCAGAAUGACUUGCACAACCCCGUUCCUCACAGCAAUUGCAGUGGUGCUGAAAAAGCUGUCUCAGGGAAGAAUCUAAUAUUCCCAGUGACAAAACGUAGCAGGAUGGAUGCUAGGAAAAUGCAAUUUCAAGAGAAGCAAUGUUUGGAUUCCGUGCUAUGGAUGAGGGUAAAAAUUGAAGCACGUUUGCAAGCACGCACAUCAUAUUGAAAGGACCCUAACCUGUGGGUUGUAUAAUGCAACAGCCUCUCUGGAGUCUUGUCAUCUUGGAUACCAGAAAUAAUUUCAAAAUGGAACGAGCAAAGACUUUUAUUUAAUUUACAGAUUGCCUCCCCUGAGGCACCCCAGCGUGAUUUACAACAGUUACAUGCAUAAAAAUAGUUUAAACCAUGGGUCAGCAAACUUUUUCAGCAGAGGGCCAGUCCACUGUCCCUCAGACCUUGUGGGGGGUGGACUAUAUUUUGAAAAAUAACAAUGAACAAAUUCCUAUGCCCCACAAAUAACCCACAGAUGCAUUUGAAAUAAAAGCACACAUCCUACUCAUGUAAAAACACGCUGAUUCCCGGACCGUCCGCUGGCCAGAUUGAGAAGGUGAUUGGGCCGGAUCUGGCCCCCGGGCCUUAGUUUGCUUACCCAUGGUUUAAACAAUCACAUAUGAGAGAGAGAGAGAUUAAAACAACCACCGCACAUAAAUAAAAUUAUGUAAAUUCAGUACAGCUACUAACUGGGAAAGGUAUAUGUAGUGACUGCUAGCAAAGCAGAAAGGUUACGCUCCUGUUUCCCUCCCCCCUUUGAAUUACUCAGGCUGCAAUCCUGUCCAGUUUCCCAGAAGUAAGUCUCAUUGAACUUGGCAAGAUUUACGUCUGAGUAAAUGUUCACAGGAUUCGCUCUAAGGCUGUAGGAGUGAGGCAAGUUAGGGCAGUGAAAGCAGUGGGUACCAUUGCCAUAUCUGUUUCCUCUUCAGAUCAUUCUGGCCAUCUUGGUUGUCUGGCUGCUGUGUUACAUUCUGACAGUGACAGAUGUAUUUCCUCGUGAUGUAGAUGCCUAUGGAUUCAAGGCCAGAACAGACGCUAGAGGAGAAAUAAUAUCCAUUGCACCGUGGUUCCGUCUCCCUUACCCUUGUAAGUAACGAUGGAUCUUCCCUUCCGACUCUUGCUUCUCCAUCUCCCCAGCUUCCAUCUUCACAACAACCCUCUGAGGUAGAUCUGUGGGCUCAAAAUCACCCAGUAAGCUUCAGAGCUGAGUAGGGAUUUACUGGCAAAUGUAAAGGUAAAAGGCAAAGGACCCCUGGAUGGUUAAAAGGUAAAGGUAAAGGUACCCCGACCAUUAGGUCCAGUUGUGGACAACUCUGGGGUUGUGCGCUCAUCUUGCUCUAUAGGCCAAGGGAGCCGGCGUACAGCUUCCGGGUCAUGUGGCCAGCAUGACUAAGCCGCUUCUGGCGAACCAGAGCAGCGCACAGAAACGCCAUUUACCUUCCCUCCAGAGCAGUACUUUCGAACUGCUAGGUUGGCAGGAGCAGGGACCGAGCAACUGGAGCUCACUCCACUGUGGGGAUUCGAACCGCCAACCUUCUGAUUGCCAAGCCCAAGAGGCUCAGUGGUUUAGACCACAGCGCCACCUGCAUGCCAAAUGUAUGAUGUGCAGGACCUCGUUAGAACACCCCCCAUAGCCACAGCCCUCAGGAUAGUCCAUAGCUGCAUCUAUAGGGGAAGAGCCCAAAAUUUCAUGAGUCUGUACUACUCACACAUACUCACUAAGUGCUAGCUAUUAUUAUUAUUAUUAUUAUUAUUAUUAUUAUUAUUAUUAUUAUUAUAUUUAUUUAGAGUUUGUAUACUACCUUAUACCCAGAGGUCUCAGGGCGGUUCAAAGAAAAGACCACAACAUAUAUAAUCAGAAUAAAAACAACAACCCAAUAACAGCCUCACAGAAAAGAGCCACAUUUUAAAAAGGUACAGUGGUACCUUGGGUUAAGAACUUAAUUCGUUCCGGAGGUCCGUUCUUAACCUGAAACUGUUCUUAACCUGAAGCACCACUUUAGCUAAUGGGGCCUCCCGCUGCCGCUGCGCCGCCGGAGCACGAUUUCUGUUCUCAUCCUCAAGCAAAGUUCUUAACCUGAGGUACUAUUUCUGGGUUAGUGGAGUCUGUAACCUGAAACGGAUGUAACCUGAAGCGUAUGUAACCUGAGGUACCACUGUAUAGGAUGUCCCUAGCUAGGUUUUGGGAAGGAGGCCGGAGGAUUCUAGGACCCUGUCAGAGCCCUCACACGUCCUUCCCGAAGCUUGGUAAACAGCAGGGGGAAGGUUGCAAGGGUGGGCUCGGUCAAAUGUUGAUGAGGGCCGUCAAAAAUGUCCUCAAGGGCCUGGUAUAAAGGAUUGUGUGGGUUAAUCUGUGAGAGAGUUGAUGUGGUAUGGAUGAAGAAUAAAGUGUUCAGGUUAUACCAAGGGCCUUCUCGGUAGUGGCACCUGCCCUGUGGAACGCCCUCCCAUCAGAUGUCAAGGAGAUAAAGAACUUUUAGAAGACACCUGAAGGUAGCCCUGUAUGGGGAAGUUUUGAAUGUUUGGUGUUUUAUUAUGCUUUUAUAUUUGUUGUAAGCUGCCCGGAGUGGCUGGGGCUAAUAAUAAAAUUUAUUGUGAUUAUUGCUGCUGUUGUUAUUCAGUUUUAAAGUGAAGGCAACAUUCUGCUCCAGCUAACAGCUGCUCCCCUUUGCUUGCUCUAGGCCAGUGGGGCAUCCCCACAGUGACAGCCGCCGCCGUGCUGGGCAUGUUCAGCGCUACCUUGUGUGGGAUCGUUGAGUCUAUUGGCGAUUAUUAUGCUUGUGCUAGGCUUGCAGGUGCUCCACCUCCACCUGUGCAUGCCAUUAACAGGUAGGAGAGAUACAGUUCCCUUGCAUUGCAUGGAUAUUUGACGCAUCGCCUCAGGGAAUGGUAGUUCAGUAGCCGGGGCACUAGGUCAGAGAUGGGGAGCCUGUGGUCUUCUUGGACUCCCACCUUUCAUGGAUUAAAAUAAUCUAAACUGCAGGGGUCCUUCCUGCAUUGUCUCUGUGUGGGAAGCUGGCCUAUCCUACCAAAUAUACCGUAUUUUUUGCUCUAUAAGACUCACUUUUUCCCUCCUAAAAAGUAAGGGGAAAUGUGUGUGCGUCUUAUGGAGCGAAUGCAGGCUGCGCAGCUAUCCCAGAAGCCAGAACAGCAAGAGGGAUUGCUUCUUUCACUGCGCAGCGAUCCCUCUUGCUGUUCUGGCUUCUGAGAUUCAGAAUAUUUUUUUUCUUGUUUUCCUCCUCCAAAAACUAGGUGCGUCUUGUGGUCUGGUGCGUCUUAUAGAGCGAAAAAUACGGUACUUGAUUCCAUUGAAAUUUCCAGAAGUUGUUCCCACAUCAAUGAUGGACCUGUUGAAACAAAUUGGAAGGGAUGAGGAACCUGUCUCGCACCAAGUGCAUGCCACUCAACAGUCCCGAUUUAAGCGGGUGUGGCGAUCACACAGGGUCUUCGGACGUUUCACCGUCUAUUGAUCCCUGUGCCACCACUUUAUUUCUUGCUGCCACCACCCGGGCCCUACCUGGUACAAUACUGAGUCCAGUCAGGGUUAAAUUGGAACAUAAAUUUCUGUUUAUUUAUUGCAGUUUAACAAGCGUGUGGGUUCAUAAACAGUAUCAGUCAAUUACAUUCAUGGGGUGCCUAAAGAUAAAGGUAAAGGGACCCCUGAUCAUUAGGUCUAGUCGUGACCAACUCUGGGGUUGCGGCGUUCAUCUCGCUUUAUUGGCCGAGGGAGCCGGCGUACAGCUUCCAGGUCAUGUGGCCAGCAUGACUAAGCCGCUUCUGGCGAACCAGAGCAGUGCACGGAAACGCUGUUUACCUUCCCACUGGAACAGUACCUAUUUAUCUACUUCCACUUUGAUGUGCUUUCAAACUGCUAGGUUGGCAGGAGCAGGGACCGAGCAACGGGAGCUCACCCCGUCAUGGGGAUUCGAACCGCCGACCUUCUGAUCGGCAAGCCCUAGGCUCUGUGGUUUAACCCACAGUGCCACCCACGUCCCAUGGGGUGCCUAUCCAGACCUAUAACUUCCACUACCUGCUCUCACUCACUAAACCACCUCUCAGAUAUUUACUUGUCUUCCUAGCCCCUAACUAUUCCUGACUCAGCUUAUUUCGCUACACUAACUCAACCUACCCCCAAACUCUAUCCCAAUUCACUCCCACUCCAACCAACCACCCAACUCCCAACGAACUCCCCCCAAAGUUGGUUUUAUAGUCCCUCUGACUCCACCCCCUGGGUUCUGAUUGGGUAACCUGUUUAACUAUUUCACCUCCAGCACUCUCAUAUGUUAACGUCACAGCGGGGACAUCCUGGAAUUACAGAAGCCAAUCCCAGAUCCCAAAACGUCCCAUUUUUUUGGUCUGGCGUUCUGGCACGAGUGAACUGGCAGAGUGCCGGAACGAAAGCCCCUUGCUUUUGGGUCUUGUCCUGCUGCGCAUGUGCGAGAGCUCGGGACCAAAUAUGGCGCGUCCUGAUUUGCGUCCCCAGGAUGUUGGAGGGUGUGCAAGUGAGACCAUUGGUUCAAUCAGCUCAGGACUGUCUGCUUGAACAACAUCUGUACAGAAUUCAAACAAGAGCCCUUCCGGAUUCUGCCUGGAAACGCUAGCCCACUGUGCUGCGAUCCUGUCUCCAAGCAUGAGGAAUGGUCAUAGACUUGGGAGUUUGGUGGGGAAAGGAGGGUGUUUGCUCCUAUUCCUGUUGGUGAGAUUGCUUUUUUGGGGUACCUCUGUCAGAGUAUCUGGAAUAUGGGAUGCAGCAGAGCAGGGCAAUUGGUUCGGGAUAUAAUCCAUCACAUAAUUUUGCAAUGCUGAAGGAAUGGGUUUCCCAAACCCAAAACUGACUGUGCAGGCAGUUUGAAACUGCACCAAAAUCCCUAUUUUUCCUUAGCUAAAAUGCUUUAACUUGAGCUCUUGAGCCAAAAACCCAGCUGUAUAAACAAGUGCUCAGAGCCCUCUCCUUUAUCAGUUUGUGACGGCAAGUAUGGCCUUGACUGUACCAGUAGAACAGGGAAGACACGUCUGUGCCUUAUCUUAUAUCCUGACCAAAAGGCGCACAGACCUAGUCUGGGAACAGCGCCAGAGGGUGUUCUUGAAGAUGGUGACCUCUUGCUCCAAUAUAAGAGUAGGAACAGGAAGAACCGUUUAUGGUCAGAAGUAUAGGAAGGAAUACCCUUUUAUGGUUAAGAGUGCCGGAGCAGGAGCAUCUGUGAUGUCAACCUUCGUGUACAAACUGAUGUGGCUGGAUUCCUGGGGAAGGGGGAGAGGGUGCCUGGAGGAUAUAUAUACUGCAUGUAAUCUCUCAUUUCUUUGGACUUGCUGUGGACACACCACGCAGGUGCCUUUCUGCUGUUCCAGAGAGCAGAAAUAAAGAACUCUUUCUCUGAAUCAACCCUCGGUGUCAUUUGACUUCCUUCCUCCUGUCCAGGAGCAACGCAGACCCAAUCGGUGAACAAUAAGGCUACAAUGCCACUGCAUGGUCUAAAUUUUACGUUGCUGAUGGUUAUGCUUUUCAUCAUAGUUUUGGAUUGCUUUGUGAUCGUUUAAUACUGUAAUUUACCACGGAAGCCCUUCAAGGCUGGACAUUUGUUGGGUGGCGGGCAGGAAAAUAAAUGAUAAAAAAGGAAAGUAUUACUGCAUUUGAUUUUUAUUUCUUUUUUGCAGCUUCCUCCUGCAAAAAUAAAAUAAACUGUUGGAGGUAGGCAUGCGGAAAACCUAAUGCAAUAAUUGGAGUUCUUUUCUCUUUCUCUUUCUCUCCCUUCUCAGGGGCAUUUUUACAGAGGGAAUCUCUUGUAUCAUUGCUGGUUUGCUGGGCACUGGCAAUGGUUCUACUUCCUCGAGCCCCAACAUCGGCGUCUUGGGCAUCACCAAGGUACCACCCUGAGAUGUUUGAUGGCGGCUUCUGUUUCUUGCUGGAUUUCUGCCAGUCACGGUUCCUGGGGCUAUGCUGGGAGGAGAGUCGGGAACAUCUGCCGGAGCUGAAUGCAGCAGCUGCUUGCUUCUCCAGAAGCAGCACGAGGCUCCCAGUUUCUGGCACCUGGGCAAGAUCAGCAGCAGGUUUUGAUCUUCCAGUCCCAUCCUAGUUUGGGCUUCUGGUUACUUUGAUUUCAUGUCUCCCAUGGAAUCCUGGGACUAUUCCAGUGGGUGCAGAAUUAGGAAGAUGAGGAAGCUCCCAUUGACUAGGUCAGACUGUUGGUCCAUCUAAGGUUUUGGCAGAGGUCCUUAACAUCUUUAUAAACUGUAUAAACUAAGUCAGGGGGCAGAGAAGCUGUGGCUUUUCAGAGGCCACUGAACUAUAGCUCCAUCUCUGGCCAAGUUACCCCUGUGGUAAGGACAGAACAUCAGGAAGCAUGCAUCAGAACUUUUAUAUGUGAAUGAAUGGGCUCUCCUACAGAGAUCGUUUUUUGCACCAGUGGUUCUACAGGUGUAGCUCUGGUGCUGAGAUUGUCCAUUGAAAGUGAAAUAUACUCGGAGUCGAGAGUGGAUUUCAUGCUCUUUAUUCAGCUCAUAGUGGUGAGGAGGAAUGGAAGUUCCCCCAGAAUGUUUGCUUUAUAUACAUUGUUUACACAAUGGGCCCCACGUGAUCGGCUAAUUCCAGGAUUCUCCUGUAGGCCAAUCAGGUUGCGGAUUCACUUCCACCUGGAGCUGGAUUGGGUGGCUCCUGUGGACCAAUCAGACUGCUGCAUUCUGGAUCCUAUUGUUCUAGGACCAAUCAGACUGCUGCAUUCUGAAUCCUAUUGUUCUAGGACCAAUCAGACUGCUGCAUUUUGGAUCCUAUUCAACUCAGUACAUAACAGAAAGAUUUGCCCAUUUGUAUUGCUUGUCAUGCAGAAUGUCCCACCUGUACAAUCCCUGGCGUCUCCAGUGUCAGUUGCAGGAGAUGAAAGGAGAGGCGAGACUCCCAUUUUCUUCCUGAGACCUGGGAGUGCUGCUGUUUGCUGGAGCAGAGAGUGCUGGGCUAGAGGCCUGGCUGAGAGGUAGCCUCUAGAUGCUGUUGGGUUCCAGCUGCCGUCAUCCGCAGCCAACAUGGUCGAUUGUCAGGGAUGAUGGGAGCUGAAGUCCAGCAAUAUCCGGAGGGCACCGUGUCAACUUUCCUCCAUAUAACCUGUUAUAAGUCAGCUUCACAUGCAGAAUUUAAAGGCACAUAGCUUAGAUGGCUGAAUUCAAGGGGAGUUACUUCCAGGUAAGGGCGCAGGUGGCACUGUGGGUUAAAUCACAGAGCCUAGGACUUGCCGAUCAGAAGGUCGGAGGUUCGAAUCCCCACAACGGGGUGAGCUCCCGUUGCUCUGUCCCUGCUCCUGCCAACCUAGCAGUUUGAAAGCACAUCAAAGUGCAAGUAGAUAAAUAGGUACUGCUCCAGUGGGAAGGUAAAUGGCGUUUCCGUGCGCUGCUCUGGUUCGCCAGAAGCGGCUUAGUCAUGCUGGCCAUGACCCGGAAGCUGUACGCCGGUUCCCUCGGCCAGUAAAGCAAGAUGAGCGCCGCAACCCCAGAGUCGUCCGCGACUGGACCUUUACUUCCAGGUAAGUCUGCACAGGAUUGUAGCUUAAAAUCUCACUUUGCUCAUGAAAACAUGGGACUAAUGAUCUCUUAUGACAGUUAGAAACCCGACUGGAAAGGCAAAGCUUAUAGUCAUCAGGUACUAUACAAAAGAAAUGCAAAUUCUCCCGUCCUGGAGACGUUAAUAGUCUAGCUAACAGUACAACACCAAUAAAUAGAUGCAACAGAACCCCCUUCUCCCUGCAGCAAUAUGGGAAGCAGACAUGGAGAUGAAUAACAGUAUUGUGAAGGACGAACAUUUGAUUAACUGGCUGUUACUCGUGUGUUUGCUCUUCCUAUACAGGUAGGCAGCAGAAGAGUGGUACAGUACGGUGCUGGAAUCAUGCUCAUUUUGGGAACCAUUGGCAAAUUUACAGCUUUGUUUGCCUCCCUCCCUGACCCAAUCCUUGGAGGGAUGUUCUGUACGUUGUUUGGUAAGUUACCUUUAUUCUGCUGUGCAAAAUGCAGUAAGCAGGAUAUUAUUAUUUCUUAUAAAUAUAGCAAGAAAACCUAUAGAAUAUAGUCACUUAUUUGUAGUAGUGUGGCAAUGAUUCUUCAACUUCGUUGGACUGGUCAUAUUGUUCGGAUGCCUGAUUAUCAUCUUCCAAAGCAACUACUUUAUUCCCAAUUUAAGAAUGGAAAGCGAAAUACCGGUGGACAACAAAAGAGGUUUAAAAAGGUACUCGCAAGGCAAAUCUUUUUUAAAAAUGUAGUAUAAGCAUAACUGGAAAACACUGGCCUGUGAGCACUCCAGUUGGAGAACAACCUUUACCAAAGGUGUCAUGGACUUUGAAGAUGCUCGAACUCAGGACUUAUGGACUCACUGUUAAGGCCAUAUUCAUGGAAGACAAUCUCACUCAGCUACAAGCGAUUGCCGAGGAAGAAGAAGAAGAAGAAGUCAUGUGGAAAUAGCUAUGUGUUUUUAGUCAUGACCAGGAUCUUAAUGGCAGUUGUUGUUUGUUGUUUAGUUGUUUAGUCGUGUCCGACUCUUCGUGACCCCAUGGACCAGAGCACGCCAGGCACUCCUGUCUUCCACUGCCUCCCGCAGUUUGGUCAAACUCAUGCUGGUAGCUUCGAAAACACUGUCCAACCAUCUCGUCCUCUGCCGUCCCCUUCUCCUUGUGCCCUCCAUCUCUCCCAACAUCAGGGUCUUUUCCAGGGAGUCUUCUCUUCUCAUGAGGUGGCCAAAGUAUUGGAGCCUCAGCUUCAGGAUCUGUCCUUCCAGUGAGCACUCAGGGCUGAUUUCCUUAAGAAUGGAAAGGUUUGAUCUUCUUGCAGUCCAUGGGACUCUCAAGAGUCUCCUCCAGCACCAUAAUUCAAAAGCAUCAAUUCAAGCAGAGCCAAAAGCACAAUUUAAACCACAGCUGAACCUGAACAAAGUAAAAGCUUGCAAUGGUUUGAUUCCCUGCCAGCAUUUCAGAUAUUAGGUCUGAGAUUGCCCUAUUUUUCCUCCUCUUUUUCCAGAAUACACAUUUAUCUGAAUGAAAGUUUUAGAGGUGGCCACAUGAGGACUAUUAAAUUAAAGUGAAGAGUGAAGUGUGUUUUGCAAAGUUUUGACAAAGAGCAAAGCUGUGGCAGUUUAAAAACAACUCAGAGACUUCCCAAGCUAAAACACAAAAGCAAAAGUACUAGGAAAGCAUCUAUAUAUUAAAGGAGAUUUGUCAAUAUUAUUUCUCCCACUUUAAUAUUCACUCUCAGAACACACACACAAAAAUGUUUCCAAAUCUGACGUAGCUGUAUUUUAUUUUGCCAGCUACCCGGAGGCAGAGCAACAGUCUCCUUAAGGAAAGCAAAACUGUCCGCUCCAUUUAAGUAAAGCAGUACUAAAAAUUUAAGGAUGACCAUAAAACACUUAUUUGGGGCAAUCUCAUUCUCACAUUACUCUUUCCCGGUGUGUUUAUUUUCUGCAAAAUGCUAGGCACACCUUAGCCCCUUAAAGUGUCCAUAUUGUGGGGAUUUCUCAGUUAACUCUGGAUGAUUUGCUGAUGCUUCUCGGAUUAAAAGGGGGUUUAAUAUAUCUUAUAUGCAACCUGAUAUGCUUUCAGAUGGAUUAGACAACACUGGCUAUUUAAUGAACGUUCAUCUUGAUAUGUUGCAGGGAGGUUAGGUGAUUGUUGCAUCAAAACAGUGUUUUGCUACAUUUUCCAGUGUAUUUUCCCGUCACUUCCCUUACAGCAAAAAACUGGGUUUGUUGUGCAAUCUCCCUCCCCCAAUCAAAUAUAAAUGUGUACAUUUGAUUUACUAGUUACGUGAUUGAAUCCAACUCAGAACUAGCAACAGACUCUGGAAGCACCCUUAGAGAGGACUCGAAGAAGUGAUAUGAAUGUUCUGUGAUGCAUAAAAAUAUCCGAAGUUGAAAGGUUGAAUUGUAGGGUGACCUGCAUCAAGUGUGAGAACUAAGGAAAUCUGAACACACAGUUUAAGCUACACACACACUAAACUGUUAAAGAACAAAACACAUUCCUCCCCUCAAAGAAUUCUGUGUGCUGUAGUUUGUGAGGGACAAUUCUUAGCAACCUUUAACAAACUACAGUGAAUCCUUUGGGGUGGGUGGGGAGGGGGCUGAACUUUAAAGGUGUAGUGAAGGGGUAGGCAACCUAAGGCCCAGGGGCUGGAUGCGACCCAAAUGCCUUCUCAAUUUGGCUCGCGGAUGGUUCGGGAACCAGCGUGCUUUUACAUGAGUAGAAUAUGUGCUUUUAUUUAAAAUGCAUUUCUGGGUUAUUUGUGGGGCAUUUCGUUCAUUCCCCCCCCCAAAUAAAUAGUCUGGCCCACCACAUGGUCUGAGGGACGGUGGACCAGCCCAAGGCCGAAAAAGGUUGCUGACCCCUGGUAUAGUGUGUAUGCAGUCUUAGUUUGUGUAAUUUAGCCAGGGUGAAGGGCACUAAAGACUCCCUUGAGCACUGAAAAUAUAAAGAAGCUUGUACUUUCUUGAAAUUUCUUUGUGUAAACCCACAUAUCAUGGUCUGCGCCCCCGCCCCCAAUCCUGAACUAGUGACGUUGUGUUUGGGGCUACAGGGGUGUUUGUUUCCACCAGGGAUCCAAAACCCUGGAUACCAUGGGCAGAGCCAAGAUUUUGGUUUUGGGGGAGUGGACACCCACCUGCCAAACGUCCAGAUUUUUGCAGGGGUUUUUGAUGCUUUUGUAAGAAAAAGCUCAACAUUUGAAAUGUCUCAGCAACAGUUGCUUUAAAUUACUUUCUUUUGACCCAAAGUGCUCAUAAAAAUCUGUCAAAAACUUUCUACAAUUUCUACUUUUAGUUAAGGAUUGAUUGAUUAAUUUACUCCCCUGACUGCACCCAUACCAGACACUAUAGAUGGCACCCACCGCCUGUCAAAAUACAGCUUCUCUACCCUUUAGAGUGGAAUGCGGGUGGAGCUGUGGGUUAAACCACAGAGCCUAGGACUUGCCGAUCAGAAGGUUGGCGGUUCGAAUCCCUGCGAUGGGGUGAGCUCCCAUUGCUCGGUCCCUGCUCCUGCCAACCUAGCAGUUUGAAAGCAUGUCAAAGUGCAAGUAGAUAAAUAGGUACCACUCCAGCGGGAAGGUAAACGGGGUUUCCGUGCGCUGCUCUGGUUCGCCAGAAGCGGCUUAGUCAUGCUGGCCAUGACCCGGAAGCUGUAUGCCGGCUCCCUCGGCCAGUAAAGCGAGAUGAGCGGCGCAACCCCAGAGUCAUCCGCGACUGGACCUAAUGGUCAGGGGUCCCUUUACCUUUACCUUACCCUUUAGAGUCACUUGGGGCUGCUGCAAUGUGUGUGAUCCCAGAAAAACAGUUUACAGACAAGGAUUGUUCUGAAGCAGCACUGACUGGGGAAGUCGGUCCCUUGCAUUGGCCUUUUCUGGAACGUCAUCCUUAAGAAGUCUACCGCGCAUGUGUUAUAAAGCCGAGUUUUUCCUCUUCCCCAUUUGCAGGCAUGAUCACCGCCGUGGGUCUCUCCAACCUGCAGUUUGUCGACAUGAACUCCUCCCGCAACCUUUUCGUCCUGGGCUUCGCAAUGUUUUUUGGGCUCACCGUCCCAAACUACUUAGAUUCGCGCCCAAAUGCUAUCAACACAGGUACAGUCAUACCUCGGAUGGAAGUAACUUCAGGUUAAGCAUUUUCGGGUUGUGACCUGGAAGUAAUGGAGCGUGUUACUUCCGGGUUUCGCUGCUCGCGCAUGCGCAGACGCUCAAAAUAACGUCACGUGCAUGCGCCGAAGCGGCGAAUCGCCACACGUGCAGAUGUGGGUUGUGUUUGCUUCAGGAUGUGAACAGGGCUCCGGAACGGAUCCCGUUCGCAUCCAGAGGUACGACUGUAUUGAAAAGUCUCUGGAAAGUCUUUGCCUAAUCAGAGGCAUACAGAACCUCAGGACUGGGCUGGUCCUACAAUUAAGAGAGAGAGAGAGAGAGAGAGAGAGAGAGAGAGAGAAGAUGCCCUUCCUCUGUUCCCACCCCUUUGUUCCCUCCUCCUGAGCUGGAGCAGGAACAGCAGCCAAGCUUGGUUAUCAGUCUAAGUGUCUCCUGCCAGUCUGGUCAGCUUCUGUAUGGGUCAGCCUGGCUUCUAACUAAAGACACACAUAGAUCUUUCAGGCAUCUUGUGGCUCCGCAUUGUGAUUACAAUUGUUUGUGGCAGUUUUAGGAUUCUAUGAUGUGCAUGGUACAUCAUCAUCAUCAUAUUUUAUUUAUAUCCCGCCCUCCCCAGCCGAAGCCGGGCUCAGAGCGGCUAACAACAGUAAAGUAAUACAGCAGUCUAAAAUCAAUUCAUUAUAAAAUCUGUUCAAAUCAAAUUAAUGGCAACCAUUGGGCUAGAGUUCUGUGAGGAUUGCCAAAGGAGGGGGUCAGGCUGUGCCCUGGCCAAAGGCCUGAUGGAACAGCUCUGUCUCACAGGCCCUGCGGAAAGAUGUCAAGUCCCACAGGGCCCUUGUCUCUUGUGACAGAGCGUUCCACCAGAUCGGAGCCACAGCCGAAAAAGCCCUGGCUCUGGUUGAGGCCAGCCUAACCUCCCUGUGGCCUGGGACCUCCAAGAUGUUUUUAUUUGAAGACCGUAAGGUCCUCUGUGGGACAUGCCAGGAGAGGCGGUCCUGUAGGUAUGAGGGUCCUAGGCCAUAUAGGGCUUCAAAAGUUAAAACCAGCACCUUAAACCUGAUCCUGUACUCCACUGGGAGCCAAUGCAGCUGGUAUAGCACUGGGUGAAUGUGAUCGCGCAGCGAGGACCCCGUAAGGAGUCUCAUCGCGGCAUUCUGCACCCGCUGGAGUUUCUGGGUCAGUCUCAAGGGCAGCCCCAUGUAGAGCGAGUUACAAUAAUCCAGUCAGGAGGUGACCGUCGCGUGGAUCACAGUGGCUUGGUCAGGGCGAGAGAGGUAAGGAGCCAACUGCUUAGCUUGGCGGAGAUGAAAAAAUGCCGCCUUUGUUAUAACUGCAAUCUGCACCUCCAUGGAAAGGGAGGUGUCGAAGAUUACACCCAAACUCGUAACGGACGGUGCUGGCACUAAUUGCACCCCCGCAAGAGAUGGGAUUGCCCCCCCAAUCCCAAAUCGUUCUGACCCAGGUCGUUCAGCCUUUGUCCCGAUGACAGCCACACACGCCAAGUGUCUGCUAGCCAGGGGAAAGGACCACAGUUCCCUUAAGCUCAGAAGGUCCCAGCUUCAAUUCUCAGCAUCCCCAAGUAGGCUGGGAAAUGCUUCAUUUCCAAAACCUUGGAGAGCAGCUGCUAAUCAGGGUGGACAAUGCUGAGCUCGAUACACCAGUGGUCUGGCUCCACAUCAGGCAGCUUCUGACACAUGUUCUUAAUUCGAUGGGCAUGAUUUUUUGAAAUAGGAAUGGCUUUUGAAACUGAAUUCUGCGCUGAUGACCUAGAACCUCGGCCCUCCAGAUGUUUCGAGACUAGAGUUCCCAUCAUCCCUGGCUGCUGGUCCUGCUAGCUAGGGAUCAUGGGAGUUGUAGGCCAAAAACAUCUGGAGGGCCGAGGUUGAGGAAGUCGGACCAAGAAGAAUGGAGUGGCGACGUAUUAUGUACUGAUGGAACCAGCUUUACUUUUUCUGUCUAGCCUGAUGGCUAAAAAAGAAAGGAAUGAGGUGUCAAAAGCUAGUCACCAGGCCAUGAUUUCUCAGUCACCACGGAUGUUUGGGGGCAAAGGGCAGGUCAGAGAGAAAGGAAAGGAAACCGAGUAACGAGAUAACUAUGCAGAACACUGCAUGUGUGAAUGGAGCGAUGGGUGGAUUGGGUGGGAAAGAGAGGCAGAAAGACUCCACUUCUUUAGAUUGCCUAAAUCUACCAAAUCAAAAAACGUGCUUUCUGGGACCUUUAUCUUUGGCUAAUGGGGGCAAGAACUUGGGGUCUGGGUAUGUGUUGAUGGUGAGGGCAAAGGAUGGUAAAAAGGCCUCUUCCUUCAACUGGUUUGAUUGAUGUGCUACCUUCCUUUGUAGAAAAAUGAGUUAGUAUAAGAAAAUAGGGUUCUGAACUCCAUGGAAAGGCUGAGUUGGGGAAGGAGAAAAUGACAUACAAAAGCAUAUAUACCACCGUUUCAACUGUAAACGGAUUGUUUUUAAUUUACUAAAUUUAACAUUUUCAUGCUCAAUCCAUCUGCAGUUUUCAGUUCAAGCUCCAAAAGCAGUUUUGAAUUUGUGAUACGAUAGGCAUGUUGUCAAUCUUAUUUCUAGGUAUUGCUGAAGUGGACCAAAUAUUAACAGUGCUCUUAACCACAGAAAUGUUUGUUGGAGGUGGCAUCGCGUUCAUACUGGACAAUACCAUCCCAGGUACAAGAGUUUCAUUUCCUUGCAGUAUUUUCAGAGUGUUUGUUGUGGGGGAGGAAGGGAAAGGAGAAUGUUAGCCGCUUUGAGACUCCUUUGGGUAGUGAUAAAGCGGGAUAUCAAAUCGAAACUCCGAAACCCAAGGCAAGCAUUGCUUGUCAGAGGUGACAAUUUUUUUAGCUCUCCUACCCCACUAACGGGACGCGGGUGGCGCUAUGGGUUAAACCACAGAGCCUAGGACUUGCUGAUCAGAAGGUCGGCAGUUCGCAUCCCCGCGACGGGGUGAGCUCCCGUUGCUCGGUCCCUGCUCCUGCCAACCUAGCAGUUUGAAAGCACGUCAAAAGUGCAAGUAGAUAAAUAGGUAUCGCUCUGGCAGGAAGGUAAACGGCGUUUCCCUGCGCUGCUCUGGUUCACCAGAAGCGGCUUAGUCAUGCUGGCCACAUGACCCGGAAGCUGUACGCCGGCUCCCUAGGCCAAUAAAGCGAAAUGAGCACCGCAACCCCAGAGUCGUCCGUGACUGGACCUAAUGGUCAGGGGUCCCUUUACCCUUUACCUCACUAACAGUGGUGGAGUGUGGAAACGUUGACAUUGACUCUUCAUCGACUGCUGUGGGCUUGAGAGAGCGCACUUGCAUAUGCGGUGAUUGUGGAGGGCUCGGGCACACACGCACAUGUGUGUCUACACUUAAACGCAGCAAGAAUUUCUUUAGUAGAAUCCUGAUCACACACUGACCAUUUUCUGAAUUUGGAGUGUUACGCAUUUGCUGGAGGGUUGUUUGUAUAAAUGAUCCAUAUUGCAGAUGGUAAGAAUUGUGUGCUUUCUACCAAGUUUGAAUUAACCAUUUGCAAAAUGGAGCGUCUAACCAUUGAACCAUUUUAAGGGACUGGUCAGAGGCUGCAGUUUCUUUUAACUACUGUCCCUGUUUGGCCAAGACUGCGGCAGCUACCAUUGAGGAAAAAUAGUUUUUAAGUUGAGAAAUCUCAGUUUAAUCUGUGGUUGUAAACUUGCUUUAUUUUGUUAAGAGAUUAUAUGGUUCUCCUCUUUGUUUUGAACCCCCCCCCCAUCUAUACUCCUUCCCAGGGACUCUAGAGGAACGUGGUCUAGUACAGUGGAAGGCUGGGGCACAUGCAAACAGCGGCACGUCUGCAAAACUGAAGAGUUACGAUUUUCCAUUUGGAAUGGGUGUGGUUAGAAGGAUCCAGUGGUUAAAAUAUGUGCCAAUUUGUCCAGUCUUCAUGGGUUUUCACUGCGGAACAAAGAGGGAUUCCAGCACACCAGAACAGACAGCAAACACGGCAGAGAUUACAGUCAUAUGUACAAAAGUUUGAAAAGACUCCCAUAAGGUAUGGAAGUUUGGACAAUCUCAGAUACUAGGGUAUUUAAAUCAUACCCCAUGCCUCAAGCAAAUCACACCAGCAGAGGAGAUUUUCCUCUGCCAACGUGUUGAGUUAAAGAGAAAGCAGUUAACAUUCAGCCUGGCGAACGGUUUAGCAAUCUGUAAAUCGGAAAGACACCUUUGUUCAUGGGCAGAAUUCUGCCACCCCCUUUCAGUUCUGUUUAUCCCGUAUGUGCUUGGAAGAAAAAGAUGUAUUGGUGCUAUGUUAUGUUUUUGGGAGGCCAUUAGCAGAAUUGUGUGUAUCCUCCUGUCGAAAUAAGUAAAUUCCACAGUCAAAAUGAUUCAGUCCAGUAUUAAACUUACUUUGCUUUUUACAA